CUGCGGGAGCAUCACACCUGAAAAGCGAAGAAUGAAAUUAAAGUAUUGAAUAAAGUGUUUUAUUUGUUCAUGAAGUAAUCGUGUCUGUCAAAUUAAAAUUUGACUUUAGAAAACGUUUUUGUGUGAAAACAGGAUGCUUUACUCUCUAACCAACAACAAAACUCCGUUUUGGAGUUUUUACAGUUUUGACAGACGAUCCCUAAUUUUUUUUUUUUUUUAUCUGAGCCAGACCGAAGAACCCGAAAAUAAAAAAACAACAGGAUUUUAAAAGAGAAAAGCGGACACGUUUUUAUUUAGCUAGCAGGUAUCAAAUUGGAGCAUAAGUCAGAUAUUGACAUAGAAUGUUUUUGACGUUUACAUUUUAACCCGGAAAUAUAGUUUUUUUUAUUUUAUUUUAUUUUUUUUAUUAUUGACUAGACCAAUUUAACUUGUGAAUGUGUUGAGAACUGAAAAAGCGAAAUAUUUAAGACAGGGGAUUCGUUAUCGCGUGAGGGAAAACCAAUGCACUAGUUUAAGUUUGGGAAGCUUUUUUUUUUUUUUUUUUUAGUAAAUAGAAGAUGUACUCAAAAAAUUGUCACAAUGGCAAAAAGAAGAUACUUUAUUAUUGUAUCAAACGUGCUGUAAAACUAAACUUAAAUGCUGAAACAUAAUGAAGAAAAAACUACAUGACGUACGAAUUCAGUCGAGUUGUUUUAAAAACAACGAAUACCAACAGGAAGGUAAAGAAGAACAUUUCUUUCAUUGGUUGUCAAAAGUCUUGUUUUUUUCUUAAGUAGUUUAAAAAAACCACAUACUGAUACGGUCUUGCUAAGCCGUGAUUUGCUUGCCUAAAAAAAGUUCAAUGGAGCAUUGAUUCGAGACAAGAAAACGCUAUUCAUAAACUGGGGACAGCUGUAAACUUGGAUUAGUGGCUAUUAUUAUUACCAUUAUAUAUACAAAAAACAUUUAAAAUGGUGGAAACGAGGUGUUUGGUUCAAAGGGAAGGUGUAUACCGAUGGUUCUCGGAGUUAAACUCUGCUCAGAGGGUCGAAUUCCUUUGUGGGCUGCUCGACCUCUGUGUGCCCAUAGAGCUUCGGUUUCUGGGUUGCUCCUUGGAGGAUUUGGCCAGAAAGGACUACCACUCGCUCCGUGAUGCCGAGAUCAAGGCUAACAACGCCGCCGACCUGGCCACUCUGACCAACAUAACGGACGAGGUGGUCCGGAGCAAAUUGUUGAUCGCUCUGGCACUGCUCAAUUCUGACAACCGGGAGGCAGCCGGGGUCCUUUUCAGAACUCUCACACAUAUCGACUCUAUCAUCAACAAUUAUGGGCUUCAGCUCAACGACGGGCAAACCGGGGACCAGUUUUUGCUUCUCUUCACCAUGGCUUCGAAUCACCCGGCCUUUAGUUUCCAUCAGAAACAAGUGCUGAGGCAGGAGCUGACUCAGAUACAGAGCAUUGUAAACACGACGUGCAAUAACGCCAACCUUACUACCACGAACACAGUUACUGUCACAACCUUUACCACCACCACGACAUUUAACUCUUGUACUGACUUUCAUUGCUGCCACAAGGCCUCACAUAGGGAUGAGAGCACGGCGAGCGUGGACAGUGUGAACAGCUUUGAAAAUGCACUCCAAGCCUCGGCACAUUCCUCGGAGGAGUCGUCACUCACAGGGCCUGCAGGGAAACACACCAGAGCAAGCAUUGAGGGAAUAGAACUAAAAGGAUUACCGACCAAAAAGAGUGAAAAAGCAACAGACUGUUCCUCUGAGGUCUUGUGGUCGGAUUCCACAGUAACAAAAGUAACCAAAGCUCAUAAAGAACUUACAGAAUUUGUCUCAAAGGUUUCCCAGCUUUUCCCAGAUGAAGCUGUAGGGCAGUUCAUUCCACUCCCAGCUGGCCUCGACUCUGCUUACCUGGAGGAGAGGAACCACACAGACCUGGAGCCGGACCCCAGGUACCUGGCCUCUCUACCUUCCCAUGUGUUGAAAAAUUACCAAGUCAAGCAAUUCUUCAGCCCUUUUUCAGUAACUCAGAACGUUCAAAACUUGAAUCCUGUCUGUACCUCCCAGCACAAAGUCACCCCUAGUACUGCUGUAAGGCCAAUUUGUGGUGUAGCCAGCAUACAGUCCACACAUUGCAGCAGCAGCAGCAGCACACUGCAAUCCUCUCCUCCCUCCUUCACGACGCCUUUUCCUCCAUCCCAGACCGUUGAGAACGUAUCCGCCUUGAUUACAACAAACACGACUUCCCCAGUCUUGCAGCCAAGCCAGGAACAGAAUGGGAUUCUCGACUGGCUUCGCAAACUGCGCUUGCACAAGUACUACCCCGUGUUCAAACAGCUCACCAUGGAAAAGUUUUUGGCACUCACAGAAGAAGACCUAAAUAAAUAUGAUCUCACCCAAGGAGCAAAGAAAAAAUUAAAAACCCAGCUGGAACUUCAAAAAGAGAAAUCUGAGAAGCGCUGCGUGUUGACCCCUUUUCAAGUGCCAAGCAGCGGUGUGGCCAGGGUACCCCCCACCAGUCAUGUCGGCCCAGUCCAGCCCAUUCAAACCAGCAGUGGUACAGAGCUGCGUGUGGAGGUGGAGCCGGGUCCUCACCCCAUCCCCAGGGACAGCAGCUCCUCCUCAGGGUACUCAAGCUCUCCCUCCAGCCCCAUGGGGAUCCAGACCCGGGACGAGACCUUCGAGAGCCCGGAGGACGGGAACAGAUGUACAGAGCCGGUGUUGGAGUGUCCUGACAUGGAAAAGUUGGCUGUGCCAAAUCACUUCAUAGCAGCCUGCGCUGCAAGGCCCACCGCUCAGGUCCUGCCAGUCCAGAAUGACACUGGUGCAAACUCCUCCCCCCUCCACCCCCCCUUGCCAGUCCUGCCAACCCUCUCCUCCAGCACCCCCCCAAGCCGCAUGCUCAGCACUAUCCGCAAAGCAGAGAGGGGGAGCUCCCGGCUGCCCCUGUCCCCUGUCCUCUCCCCUCUCUAUCUGGAGGAGAGAAUGAAAACUUUCCAGGUCUCUUCGGGGCCUGGCAGCAGCAUUAAAAUCGAGAAGAGGUUCCCCAGUGGCAACUUGGAGAUGUCCCCUGUGGAAAACAGCGCGGUGCCGGCAGGUCUUGUGAACUUCGGGAGACGGACCAAAAUCGGGCUGGACGUGGAUCCAAGACCGGCACAGCAACCGGGAUUGAUCAUCGAGACCAGUACAGCUACCACCGCCACAUCCAACACACACUAUCACAUGUCCCACCCACCUCUUAUUAACUCGCGGACGCUUCCUUACUCAGCAAACACCAAAGUUGCCUUUUCCGCAGUGAGCAGUGUGCCCAUGGCCGCUGUUCAUGGCACUUACUGUGUCAACAGUGGCGCCAGCCCUUCCAACAACCACUCGCCUGGCUCCAGUCCUACCCUCUCCUCCAUUGCAGAGAUCAGCUGCUACAGUAACAGCAGCACAGGCUCAGGGAUUUCAAACCAGAACCCGCAGCUGCAAGGAUGUGUGUGCAGCUCAUGUGGCUGCAAUGGGAACUGCGGCUCAUAUAGUGCCAUGCCUGCCAAUUAUGCUAGUUACUUCCAACACCCGUUUUCAGGGCCCUCCAUGAUUACCUUGCCGUUUUUGCACUUCAGCCCGCUGUGCAAUAAUGGCUACAUCAGCCCUCAGCAGUAUAACACCACCACCGGCUUCUCCUACCCUAUGGUCCCCCCGCCUAUGUACAACAGCAGCUUGACUCCGGAUUCCAUGCUGAGCAGCCAGUCUGGCUUUGUCAUGCCUCCGAUGCAGAAUUUCAUCGCAGGUGUGUACCAGGCCCAAGGGAUGACUGGUGGCACCAGUGGGGCUGGACAAAAGAAGAAUGGGAAUGUUUCGUGUUACAACUGUGGUGUCAGCGGACACCGAGCUCAGGACUGCAAGCAGCCCUCGAUGGAUUUGAAUCAGCAAGGUACCUUUAGGUUGAAGUACGCUCCUGCUCCUGAAAGUGUGGACUCUGCAGAUUAGUAUUACCAAGUGAAAGAUUAAAAACACAAAUUGCCAAACACUACACAAUGGAGCAUGCAGACAAACUGCUGUUGAUGCUAAAGUGUCUUACUGUGCCAUUCUCCAAAGGUGCUCUUAAUGUGUAUUCUUGGGAAUAAACAACUCUUGUUGUGCACUCGUUCUACCUUGUUUGAAGAUAAGGGAGGAUGUAUCAAGAAAUCGUGGAAUCAAUGGGGUUUCCUUUCAUAAUACUACAAACAGCAGGACUGAAAAUGUAUAACUUAAGAACAAAAAUGAAAGUCAGCUAAUCCGAUAGCUGGUGGGUUGACCCAGCACUACUUUGGGAAAACUAACUGGACAACUAGUUUUUUACGACUUUCUAGCAACACAACAUGAUACAUGUAUGGACAGAACAGAAUGUACCCUUUGCCAGGCCAGGCUGUUCAUCUUGGACCAAAAAUGACCACCAACUAAGCCUUCAACUUUGCACUUCUCAGGAGGCCAGUUGAAUGGGAAAAAAAUGGACAAAUCUUUAGGCUAAAUCAAAUACAUACAAAAUGUAUGCUGUUUUAUAUAAGGACAAAUGAUGUAAUCAUGGACAUAAAAAAAGAGUGAGCAUAGUGAUGACAGGAGCAGAUUGUCUGGAUUAAAACCAUAACAAAAAACAACCCACAAAGACUUCCUUAAAGGCAGAAGGCUGGGUUGUUGAUAAAGCAAAUCUCAAAUCCAGGAUAGCUGGGAAGAAAUGACAAGUUGUGGACUGCUUUGCAAGAUAUGGGCUUCUCUUGCCAUCCAGUCCUACCGGAAAGCCAAUGCUGCUUCUUGUAUCUCUAACUAGCAUCUACCCAGCAACUACCAGGAGUGUGGAGUUGAGUGUUGCAGUGAUGACAGAAGGCACUGCAGAGUGAGGACUGGAAUACUCCAGAAUGUGGAUUGGAUUGUUACAAAUCAAUUAUGCUGAUGGUCCGAGCUACAGUCCAGCAAGUUUUACUUUGAAGCUACAUGCUUGAGCUCUUGUGUGCAGCAGAUAUAUCAAUACAGAAGAUGUUGUCUGUCUUUUGGUUCAGCGCCUGUUCACAGUAAACUCCACCUGGUUCAGUAGGCCAAGCAUCCAUAACUUAAACUUAGGGGGUUAUUUAUAAAACUGGGUAAAUCUUUGCCAUGAAACAAAAAACAACACCCUUUUAAAAAGAUUCAAAUCAUUUUAUCAUGGAUAUUUUGGACACUAAAUAAACCAGCUGCUGCAAAACUUAUAGGAUACUGCAGUUAAAACAAUACUGUACAACAGUUAGUGUAAAUAGCAGGGAUUUCAGGUUUAAACUUAUGCCAAUAUGCUCGUUACAGUGUUUUUGAUUUGUUUGUUUUUUGUCACACCAGGGUUUUUUUCCAAAAAUAAGUACAUUUUAAUACUCAAGAUUAAACCAAAACGGCAGAAUCCUUGAAUUUCAAUGAACAUGGCAAGUUGAAAGAGCUAGUAUAACACGUAUACAAGACAGACCAAGACCUGUCUGUGGUGUUCUGUAUUUUCUUAUCAUACAGCUGUGAAAUACUUUUCAGUGCUACGUUGUAUUUGGGUAGCUCCGAUCUCUAUCAAAGCUGGGGGUGCAGUGCUGACAUGGGGACUGCCUUCAUUCUUUUCUGAUUGUGUGCACCUCAUCAUUGAAAAUCCCUAGUGCGCCAUCUGAUGAUUAAAUACUGUACUUUGAAACUGUAAGGGAGAUAAAAAGUCUAUCUAUAAAUAAUUGUGUGUGUUUAUUGAUAAAUCUACUGCUAUUGCCAAAAGUUUUGCAUCACCUAGAAUUUUAGGAUUGAGACAUAAUUAAAAUAUAUAUAUAUAUAUAUAUAUAUAUAUAUAUAUAUAUAUAUAUAUAUAUAUAUAUAUAUAUAUACACACACAUAUACACACACACAGGUAGUGGACAAAAAAAAUGGAAACACCAAUAUGAAGUCACUUAAUAGGGCGUUGGGCCACUAUGGUAUCCCGCUCUGUGGAGUUCUUGGUGGACUGUUUUUGAUGAAACUGCCUGCUCGCGCCCCAGGUUGAAAUUUGCAGUCAAUUGAUCUGCAGUUGCUCGCCUGUUUUGCCUUUCACUUCGGAUUAAUGCACGAAUAUCACAAUCCUGGAGUAUGCGCUUCUGCCCACUGUUGCCCUUUGCUGAUGAUGUCUUUCCCUUGGAGUUCCAUGCCGACAUCACCUUAGACACUGUUGCUCGUGAAACAUCAGCAAGUUGAGCUGUCUUGGUCACUGAAGCUCCUGCCAAACUCUUCCCCAACAAUCUCCCCUCUUUCAAAGUCACUGAGGUCUCCUCUUGCAGCCAUGCUAGCCAUAAUUAUAGGCAACCAGGCCUGUCAAGCAUUUUUAUACAUGACCCUAAGCAUGCUGGGAUGUUAUUUGAUUAAUUAACGCAUGAGCCACACCUGUGUGGAAGCCCUUGCUUUCAAUAUACUUGGUGUCCCUCAUUUACCCAAGUGUUUCCAUUUUUAUGUCCACUACAUAUAUAUAUAUAUAUAUAUAUAAACAAUUUAGAUCUUUUGUUUAACAUUGUGUAAUCCAAGAAACUACAAAAAGUCUACCGAAAGCCAUAGUAGUUGUACAGUGUUUUGUUAGGUUUUGAAAUGUCAGUUUUUCAUUAAGUAUAUAGAAAGCUACAAAGCGGUAUGUAAUUCAAUAUGUUAACGUAACAUUAUUCAGCAGGUUUGAUUCUACUUUAUAAAGCCAAAUGAGUUAAUUCUAUAGGGAGAUUAAAAAAAACAAAACUUUUAGCCAUAGCUGUAUAUUUAAUGUUGCCGUUUGUCAGUAAUGUGACAGUUUUGAGUACAGAAUGUAGAGAAUCCUACACAAUAAUGCCGUACAAACCAAACCAAUCUGCUGCUGCGCUCAUAUAUUUUAUGCCGCACCAUUGCGUUACAGUCAAUCAUUUUGAAGUUGCCCCUUUAUCCAGGAGUAUUUCAAUUUCCAAUUACUAAGUACUAAGGUAAGUGUCGAAAAUAAAGGAAAAAGAACAGUUGUACCAAAAAAUUGCAGAAUUAAAAUUGAUACUAGCUCUUGAAAGUUUGUUUAUACUACCUUUUUUAAAUCCACUUUUUUUCUAUGACAAGUUAAACCCGUUGGUUAAUGUGUUAUGUUUUCAUACAGAUGUCCAUAUAUAAAGAGGGCUGAAAAAAUAAAGCUGUUAAAUAAAUAGCUUGCAUACUUCAGUGUAUAUUCACCUACAAGUAAUCUGUUUACUUUUUUUGUUUCACUUUUGAUGGAAUUCAAUGAGCCCUACAUGGUUUUUCCUUUUCUUAUUUAAAAAGUAACUAUUUCAGUUUUUACAUACAUACAUACAUACAUGCAGCUUAUCACCAUUUACUGGGUUGUCAUAGGAAAUGGCAUUACUUUUAAAUCUACACAGGAAACUAAAGGGAUUUAAAAAGUUGUCUCUGCAGGCAUUUGUUUUAAACUGGUGAAAACUCAUACAGCACUUAUUUAAAGGUCGCACAGUUUAGAAAAACUGUUUACAGGAUGCACAGUUGUAACAUUUUACUCUCUAUUUGCAAAUAUUGUGUUAUAAUAAUAAUAAUAAUAAUAAUAAUAAUAAUAAUAAUCUUCCAAGGAUACAGCUUGUAACUGCAAAAAAAUAUUCUAGUCAUUUAGUAUGCUAAUGAUCAAGGUCAAAAUGGUUUCUGUGGUUACCAUAGAUGUUAAAAUUAGUUGUUUUAUAAAAAUGAUCAUUUGUAAAUAGCCCUUGUAUUAUAUAUUCAGAUUUCUGAAUCUGCUGAAUGUUUUGUUAAGAGCCUAUGCAAAAUGUGUGAAAGGGAAUCUUGUAUUAUUAUAGUUUGAAACUACAAGUAUAUUUUUUCCAUAUUUAAAAAGCAGCCACCUUUAUUGUUUUCUGCAGUAUUUAUAUAUGAUUGUUAAUUGUGUAUCACAUAGAGCUAAAGAUAACUUUAGCCUUACACAGCUUGAACUAAGCUGAUUUUAAGAACAAACAAAUGUGAAAGAUUCUUUCUUUUAAACCAAAGGUCUUUCUGGCGCCUCUGUACAUGAGUUUUAAGGCUAUCAGUAACGUGAUGAAGUAAAUCACCAUGACCUGCGUCCACGGUACACAGAUGUAAAAAUGUUACUUCGACUUUAACGGGUGGACAGAUGCCUCUGUAUCUUUCCUUUCUGCCUUUUUCAAGUUUCAUACUGGUAAGUGGUUAUAUACUGUAGAUAUAGAUUGUCAGACAGACAGACUAGAUGCCAGCAGAUUAGGACAUCACUGCUAAAGUUUAAUCACAAUUGGUCAAGCCCAUUUCAAGCUCUAUAUUUAAAACUGUAAAGUGACGACGCACGUACGUACAUACACUCGCCUCCAUUUUAACUCCAGCUGGGAAUUUGCAUCCCCAGAGUUGGAGACAAAGCUUUUCCCUUUUAAUCUAGUGAUUUUUUAUUUUAUUUUUUAAAGCAACUAUUGGUUCAAAUUGCUGUAUAAAUGACCUGAAGUAAAUCAUAUAUACAGGAUUUGUGCACCACCAACUCAAAAUUAUGUUAUGAGAUUAAAUUAUUAAUUUGGUAGAAGCUUCCGUGUUUUGGAGUAAAAGGUAGUUUUCAUUUUGGUCUCUCUUUAUGCAGUGUUAUGGAUCGCCAGAGUGCUCCAUUGAUGCCUGUUGUUCCAAUCAGAAAUCCGUGAGUGUGUAUGGGCUGACUGUGCAAACUAUUGACAAUCAUAGUACAUUCUUUAAUUUGUGUGUUUCAGGCGCACAGUAAAAAAAAAAAAAAAGCAUUUUUUUUAAUGUGUAUACUGUAUGUGUUACAAUUAUUUUUGAAUGUGCACUAUUAGGGGGAAAAAUGUAUUUUAUCCCCUCUGGGUUUCGUAAGAGUACUGCAGUAAUCUUUAAAUAUAUUUUCUUACCUCAAGCUUCAGAAGCAUUACAACAUUAUAAAAAGUCCCCUAUUUUUUAUUUAGAUUUUUGAUUUGGGUGAGACCAUUUUGUUUUUACCACAGCAUUAAGUUCCUGUGUUUACUGGUUAUAGGGCUCUCUAUUUCCUUUUACACAGGAAUAGUGAGUGGAUAUCAAGUACUUCAAUCACACUUUAGGAUAAAAGGGAAAACAAAAAGAUCAAAGGGGGCUUGUUGAGGGUAAGAUGAUUUGUUUAAAGGUUUGAUUACCCCUUUCAGGAUUUUAUAUCUAAAUAUGUAAUAUUUUCAUGUACUGUCCAUGAAGAGGUUUUUCGAGUAGCUUUUGCGUUUUGAGUUAAAAUGUUUUUAGGCUAAUUUUCAAAUAAUUUAUACUGUACCCGGCAGUAAGUCAAAAAUCAUUUAAAUGGUUAAAUAAAAUUUUUAAAAAAACAUAUUGCUCCGCAAAAUUUUCAUGUUUUAUAAAAAAGAAACUGACAAAUGUUUGAACUUAAGGGCAUUCUCGGUGUCUUCAAUUGAAAGACUCAUUUUGCAAGGUAAAAUUUGUGGGUUUAAAAAAAGUGUGUUUUCAUUAUAUUUGUAGUUAGUAAUCCAGUGUUGUUUGUGUAAAUAUGUGCCUAAUAUAUCUUUAUACUUUGCUAGCAUAGCAGUUAUAGUUUUCAGUAACAACCUGCAAAUUAUUGUUUUUAAAAAUGGCAAUUUUCAGGUAAAAUAAAAAACACCAUAUAUAUAUAUAUAUAUAUAUAUAUAUAUAUAUAUAUAUAUAUAUAUAUGCAUGCGUGUGUGUGUUUAAGACACAGGGCAUUUUGAUGACUCCGCAUAAGGCCAUCAUUAUAUUCAAAUACCUUGGAUUGAUUGUCCCACUUCAAAGGGAUUAUUUGAUUAGGUAGGCCAGGAUAAGCUGUAUGCAUUGUUUUAGGCCCAUGUAGUUAUUGAAGUAGAUGUCUAUCUUUGUCAAUGUCCAUGUGGAUUUCUGCAGUAAUAUUUUCUCUCUUGGAAUGUUUUAUUAAGAGAGUGAACAGUUAAAACAUGAUGCUUUUGACUUUGGUUUUCUGGCAUGUUGCUCUUAGGAAGCAUACUUUUUGCAUUGAAUUUGUUUUUUUAGUCAAGCACACGUAGUUCCAAAGCCAAACUAUCAGAUAUUAAAGAAGAAUGUAAGAUCCAAUUUUUUUGUGGGUUUAUUGCGGUCAGUGUUUUACAGGUUCCUAGACAUAUUAAAGGAACUGCAGCUUAUAUUUUGUUUGGGUUCUAGAUUUAAUGUUUAGGAUUGUUUAAGCUUGGUGCAACUUUUAUUCUCUAAGUGUCCAACAGCCUUUUUAAAACAUCAAAAAUAUUUAACUUGGUAAUGAAGGGAGACUCCAUUUGUUUUAGCCAUUUUUCAUCUCAACGCCAUUUCAUGUGCAUGAAACUUUAUAUUUGAAAAGCCUGUUGCAGUUUUCAAAAUAUAAAAAAAAUGCAACAGAUUUGAACUUGAAGUGUAAAUCUCAUGUUUUCUGUGAUAUUCCUUUUUAUAUUGUAUUCCUUGUAUGAGAAGAAAACUGUACAUUGUAAGAAAUUACAUUUUAUAUAUUGUAUGAAAGAUGAAUAUUUUGUAAAAA